AUGGAGCCAGACUCAAUCGUGGUCGAAAUUAGAAGUCAACUUAUGCGAGAGUUAUGCAACCUCGCCUCAACAGUAAAUCUUACUCAGCCAGCUGAUUGUGAUCAAGAGGUAAAUGAAAUCCUGAGCAUAAUAAAAUCACAUCUUGCACAUUACUCGAAUCUUAUUGUAAUCAAUAUUUAGAAUUCAAAUGCUUUAGGACUCAAUAAUAUGCAGCUUUCCAAAAUUGUGCUGAAAAUACAUCAGAUUAUUAUGGAAGUCUCAGCUGAAUAUCACCUAGUUGUCUCUAACAACUCAUAUGAAGCUCAUGCCCUUUUUAACAUCUUGGACAAAUCCAAAAAUCCUACAUCGCCUCAGCAAAGCCAAAAAUCUCCUUUAAAAGUCUAUAUAAUAUACAUAAAAUGGCCGGAGACGAGCGACCCGUCCUUCCGUGGCGGGUGUCCUUAUGUAUACUGGACGUGGAUUUUGGAUGUGGAGAGCUGCUCGAGGGGAGAGUUAGCCUCGAGGCGAGAGGCCCAGCCCAAUUUCCGCUGAUAUUGGACUUGACCCGAGCGGCAGUUUUUCGCAUUCUUUUUACCAGUAGCGCUGAGGCCCAGACUCAGUGUCCGAAAGAGGCAGGUUGAACUAACUGCCUAAGCUACUUGGUGGCUUCGCCCGAAUCCCCAAAAGGGGUUGGGUUCUUUCUAGGAGAUAAUCCCGAAAAGAGGGGAAGGUGAAGCUCGACUCAGACUUCAAGGGCGACAAAUCUCUCCAAUUAAAAGGGUCCCUGUAAAGGGGCGAUCUGGCCGGACCAAAGCAGGGUUGGGCGAUGCUGGUUCUUAGGUUGGAAAUGGUGGCUUCCGGCAAAAUCCGUAUGAAUCGGAUCAGGAGGGAAAAUGCCACUACCGAGAAAUCGGGGGUUCGGCCCGGGCCUAAGCUACCUUGGGGGAGCCCACCCCGCAGCGAUAUCGCUGCGACGCGGGUGCUUCGGAAGUGGGGACUAUAAAUACCCAGCACAUAAUCUAAUCUAAUCUAAAGUCUAUAUAACAGAAGGCCAAACGAGGACAAAAAACAACGAAAUAUUAAUCAAUAAAGAUCUGAUUCUUUUAGCAGUAACCUCAAGAGGAUCGUUUAAUCCUUAUAUAAAUGCGAUUUUUUCUGGAUAUUUGUCAGAAGUAAACCAUCCCAUUAAAACAAUCAUUGAUAUUGACCAAUUAAGGAGGACUGGAUUUAGGCUUUUUGAUGAAUCUAAAAGCCAGAUUUUAGAUGAGAAAAUUUAUAAAGAAUAUUUAUAGAUUUUAUAGUAAAUUUGUAAUUUUUUUGCAAAAAUAUUAGGAAAUAUUUUUUUAAAAAAUAUUAAUAUUUAUAUAUUUUGGAAUAGAAACCUUAGUUUGGGGUGAUACUGAGCAGAUUGCUGACUGCUUAAACGAACUUACAGCAAAACUGUGGUUUUCGGUAUUAAGAAAUGACAAAAUCAGCUUAGCGUAUAUAGAAAAGCUAUUAGUAGGCUUACUAGGACACGCAGACCCAAAAGCUCGUGAUUUAGCUGUCGCCCAUCUAAACUCUUUUUAUGACGACACAGACUGGCAGCUUUUGCAGCCAUUUAAACCAAAAAUCACCACAGUCGGCAAAGAAUUUGUGAUCCGAGAGCUCACUGAAGCCCAAGAUACAAGUAAUAUCAUAAUGGAACUUCACGCCCCAGGCUUCCAUAAAACUUCAAGCAACUAUAUACUAUCCUACCAUAUCCCUGAAGUCAGAGCGGCAUCUAAUGGCUACUUAUUAAAAGUAGAUCUUGGGAUUUUCACAAGAUGUGGAUUUUAUGACUGGAGAUUUUCUCAGAUAAAAGAUGGGGUCAUAUCGCCACUCAUGACAAGCUUAGCAAAGACUGGGCAGACUGGAUUUGAGACUUUUCCGAUACAGGGAAGAUUUAUCGUUCAUCCUAAUGAUGUGAAGGACUUGCAGAUCCAUGAGAUUUUUAUUGAUUUUCAAGAUGCUCAAUUUGGUUUAUAUUUUUUUUUAUUUUUUUAUUUUUUUUAUUUUUUUAAUUAUAUUAAUUUUUAUUUAAAUAAUAUUCAAUUUGAUGUAAAUGAUGGAUCUAUAGUAGAAAGAGGAAACUUUAGGACUGUUAAAAAGAGCAUAAAAUUAAGAUAUCAGACUGGAAUUAAUUGUUUGUACUUAUUAGGAGCUCUAGAAAGAGAUACAGGGACUGAUUUAGAAAAUCCAAAUGCUUCACCUUUAGCGUUAAUCUGUAGAUCUACAGCAUGCACAUUGCUUGGUGGAGGAAACGAAUUCGAAAGUCUAAUGAAAGAAGCCAAAACUGUAGGAAUGAAAAUUUUAAUAGACUGUGUAGCCAGAAUUUCUUCAAAAAAUUACCAUAGAAGAUAUAAGCGUAAACCCUCUUUAAUUGAAUUAGUAAAUAAUUUUUAAAAAUAGCCCACAAUUUUUCUAUAUAAAAUAAAAAAUUAUUAAAAAUAUUUUUGGCAUACUCUUUUUUAUAAAAAAUAAAUUUUUAUAUACAAGAAAUGCUGAAGGUCUCCCUGUGGUCUGCUAUGGAUCAUAUACAUUAAAAUGGCGACAGCGAUCCAGCCCUUUUUCUCAACACCUGUAGCCGGCGUUCGCGGGGGACCUUGUGGAAGGGAGAAAGGUGCUCUGAAUGUAUAUCCGGCUAGGUUUUUCCUUGGCAAAGUGGAGCGCAACGUCGGAUUAGGCCGACCGCAGCUCAUUCUGACACCAGGGUUUUUGCCUCAGGGGAAAUGGUUUCCAAGGUUGGAAAGGGGAAGCUCAGCAGCAUCAGGAAGGUACCCCCUGAUCAAUUGAGCAACUCCCUAGCGUGAAACUGGGCAUCACGUCCCGGGCUUUGGGACUUCCAUUUUAAACCGACAGUCCUACCAGAAAAUUUGUUUUUCAAAUUUUCGGAAUGGGCAACCUCUGUUGACGUACUGCUGUGUGGCUUAACUCAUCCAACUACGGGUAGCGAGUGCAGAUCCUCGUCCAGUAGGAGCAACACUUUGAAGGUCGUGAUCGAUUGGUGGUGAGCAACCGGGUGAAGCGUGAAGGGUGAAGGUAAGGCAGGGGAAACCCAAGUCAAUACGACGGGCCUCUCUAUAAUAUUAGUUAAUGUUAAUGGUCUGCUAUGGAUCUGAAGGUAGAUCAGCCAAAUUUGAAGACUCAGCAAGUCUAAAUUACAGAAUGGCGGAAGUCUGGAACCUUUUAGUAGAAGAUAUCGUCAAUUUCGCCAAAAAAUACAAUGUAGAUGGCAUCCAUAUGGACAACAGCCAAGCCUGGCCUCAAAUUAUGGAGCUAGAUGAGCUUGAAAUGUACCGAAAAGACCCAGACGGCGCCUCUCACUACACGACCCAAGAAAUUUUCGACGGUCUUGUAGUAAAGCGCAACGCAAAUUACGCAUACUGGGCGAGUGCACUCAAAAAGACCUACCCUAACCCUAUUUUCAUUAAAGUCUGUAAAGAGCUCUGAAGAGAAUUCCCUGAAUUUUAUAUAAUUGCUGAUAUAUGGCAAUCUGAAGGAAUGGAAGACCGUGACGUAUGCAUCACAGAAUCUGGCCCAAUCCCAAGACUUUAUGACCUUCCUUUAAAACUUGCGAAUUUAUUUGGUAAAAAUUUGCAUCAGAACGGAACUUUUGACGCAAUUGAGAGAAAAGACGUGAGCAUCAUGAAAGCUUGGAAUGACGAAAUGAAAGAAAAAAUGCCUGAAGGGGCAAUUGUUAUUCAGAGCGCGACUGGGCAUUCUUUGCCAUAUCCAGCCUUAUUAUAUGGUUCCUUCACACGAGGUCUACUCCAUAAAGACUAUUUUUUUUGGGCCUAUUUUUUUUGCCUAAUUUUUUUUGGCCUAUUUUUUUUGGCCUAAUUUUUUUUGGCCUAUUUUUUUUUGGGCCUAAUUUUUUUUGGCCUAUUUUUUUUUGGCCUAAUUUUUUUUGGCCUAUUUUUUUUGGCCUAAUUUUUUUUGGCCUAUUUUUUUUUGGCCUAUUUUUUUUUGACCUAUUUUUUUUUGGCCUAUUUUUUUUUUUGGCCUAUUUUUUUUUGGCCUUUUUUUUUUUUGGCCUAUUUUUUUUUUGACCUAUUUUUUUUGACUUUUUUUUGCCAUUUUUUAGCUAUUUUUUACUAAUAUUUGGGCCUAAUUUCAUACUAAUGAUUUUAAUAUAAUUUUUAGUGUAUUUUAAACGAUUUUAUCAACAUAAAAUACACCUUUAACAGAUCUCUUACUCCAUGAAUGCUAAUUCAUUGCUUUUUAAAUUUCGAGAAUUUUAAGGAUCCCCCCCCUCGUUUGUCCAAUUUUCUAGUCUUUUAUCAUUUGUCCAUUUUUCUAGUUUUUUUUAUAGGAAAAAAAACAUUUUUUUUUUAGGACCUCAUUUGUCCAACUUUUAGUCAAAAUUUUGACAGGAAAAAACAUUUUUCAUAACCUCAAUUGUCUCAUUUUCUAGUUUUUUUAAAGUAAAAAAUAGGACAUUCGAAAAAAUCCAAAAAAGACUAGAAAAUGGGACAAAUCAUAUUUGACUAGAUUUUGGGACAAGUGAGGUCCUGAAAAUUUUUUUUAUCCUAUAAAAAAAAGACUAGAAAAUUGGACAAAUGAGGGGGGGAUCCUUAUAUUUAAUUAGAUUUUUCCACUUAAUUUACUCAAUAUUAAUCGUGUAAUGAAAUACAUCCGUUACCCAAUAAUUAUUUAAUUCUCUCAGCAGCUUCAUGAAUUAUCCUCAACAGAAAAAUAGACCAAAAAAAAUAGGCCAAAAAAAAUAGGCCAAAAAAAAUAGGCCAAAAAAAAUAGGCCAAAAAAAACUAGGCCAAAAAAAAAAUAGGCCAAAAAACAAUAGGCUAAAAAAAAAUAGGCCAAAAAAAAUUAGGCCAAAAAAAAAUAGGCCAAAAAAAAAUAGUCGUUUAUGGAGUAGACCUCGUGUGAAGACACGUUAUUAUAUGGCAGAGGGGCAUGGGCUGCUGUAGAUGUGCUAUUCUUUUUGAAUUAUAUUCCAAUGACCUUUAUAGGAGAGCAAGACGGGAAUGCUUUUAGAUCAAAAAUCAGCGCUUUAUAUGAUUUCGAUGAAGAUAGAUCUGCACCAAUCCCAAGCAGACUUUCUAGUGUUAAUUUAGCUGAAGUUGAAAUCCCAACUAUAAAAAAGCAAGGAAUUCCAAGAGUUGCAUCAGCCGCUUCUUUAAGUAUUUCUCCAGACAUUAAAGAGCUAAGAGAAAAAGAAGAAAAAUACCAAAAAGAGCUUGGCCCAGAGUACGGCUUUGAUUUGCAAAAAAUAAAAAAUCAUUAUAUCCACAGAAGAAGCAUGAGGCACGAAAAAGAUGUCCUUAAAUACGGCGAAUUAAUCCCAUUAGUAAUGAAGCACGAGCAUGGCUGGCACAAACAAGUCCUAACCUUCGCCAGAUACAUGCCUGACGAAAUCGCUAUUGUUGCUAUUAAUUUAAAUGAGCACCCUGUAAAAGGGUAUCUUGACCUAUCUGCUUUGGAACCAUUUAUAGAAAAAGAGCAAGCUUUAAUUUAUAGCAUUGGGGAGUGGUUUAACCCUGAUAGUGACGACUAUUAUUUUAAAGAAGAACUUCUAAAAGGCCAGCACAUUAUUUCUAUAUUACCUUAUAGAUCAGAAAUCAAAGGAAUUUACCAAAGCGACGUCUCCUCUGAUGAAGCCUUAGAAAGAUCAAUUGAAAGACUCAAAGAAAAAAUUGUCUCAGGGCUAAACAUAGACGGGACUUAUCUAGUCAUGAAGCUUCUAAAACUUCUUGAAGAAACCAAUGCAGAAUCUGUCUAUAAAGACAUAGCAAACUUGCUAGGAAAUAUCAAUGAAAAUUUCUUAUCUAGAUAUGUAGUGUCUAAUCUUGCAUUUUUAUCAAAAAUAUCGUCAUUAGACGAUAUUAAAGCUGGGAGACUUUUUGGAUACUGCGACUUUUUAGCAUUGGCACAAGGCAGACUUAAUGGGCCAAAAACCUUUGCUAGCUCGUUAUUGUCAGAAAAUCAGCUUGGGCCUAUUGUGUUUACUGCUCCUGAAUUAGGUAGAUUUUCUACUGCUGGAGGCUUAGGGGUUAUGGUUGACGAGCUUUCUCAAGGUUUAGCAUCUUUAGGAGAAGAAGUGUGGGUUAUUAGCCCUUAUUAUGAAAGAAAUAAAAAAGGCCAGACUGGAUAUUUGACAGGAGACCCUGCAAAUGUGACGUGGAUUACUAAUAUAGAUAUAGCCUUCGGAGGAGAAAAAUAUACAAUCGGGGUGCAUCAAGGCUGUGAAAAUGGGGUAAAUUUAAACUGAAAUUAAUUAUAUAUGAUUUAAAUAUAAGUAAAGCAGGAUUUAUAAUAAUACAAUAAAUAUAGAAUAAUUUUUCCUGCAUAAUGCAUAUUUAUUCCCAUCAGUCUACGAAGACGGAAAGCAAGCCUGGAUCAUGCGGCAGCUUGUAGCUUGGGGUAAAGGCUGCUUACUCCCCCCCCCCCCUCCGUGAGCGAACAAAACCAUUAGAAAAAUCGCCAUUUUUUGACCAAAAACCCACCCUCCGUGAGUGAACAAAAAUUUUUUUAAUAGAAAAAAUUUUAAUGGAAAAAAAUUUUGAUAUAUAAGUGAUAAUUAGUAUAAUGAAAUCUAGAGCUAAUUCUGUUUAAUUUUUAAACAAAUUUGCGUUUUAAAACAUAAAUUUUGCAAAUUAAAUUAAUAUUUGCUUCCCCCAAUUUUUGCAAAUUAGGAUUUUUUUAAAUUUCGAAAAAAAUAUUUUUAUAAAAAUUUAUAUAUAAAUUUUUUUUUUAAAAAAAAAAAAAUAAACCCCCCUCCGUGAGCGAACAAAAUUUUUUUGUUCGCUCACGGAGGGGGGGGGGAGUUAGAAGCUUUAUGCUUCUUUAAAAAAUUCCCAUCACUAUUAAUCACAAAUGACUGGUUCACAGGCCUUGUCGCCGCAUAUGCUAAAAUUGGCUCAUUUGGGAAUGUUUUCGAAGGAACUACUUUUCUCCAUAUAGUCCAUAACCUUGACCCUACCUAUGAAGGGCGUCUAUUUCCUACUCAAAGCGAAAACGGCUGGCAAAACAUCCAUGGUCUUCCUAGACAUUUUCUUAUUGAUCCUCACUGGGCAAAAGAAAUCGUCAACCCUUCUAGAUGUGCCCUUAUGCUUUCAGAUCAAUGGGCUACUGUCUCUCCUUCCUACCGUAAUGAACUUCUGGCAAGCUCUCCUCUCAAAGAGCUGCUCAAACAAAAAUUCCAGCCAUUUGCCUAUCCAAAUGGAAUCCCUGUAAAAGCUAGACUCAAAAAACUUGAAGGAAAAGGCACCCAUGCAGACGCUAAAAGAAUUUUACAGCAAAAAUAUUUUAAUUAUGGCGAUCUUGAUAAUACAGUCUGUUUAUUUGGCUUUGUCGGAAGAAUUACCAGCCAAAAAGGCGUCCACUUAAUCCUUGACGCAGCUGCUCAGUUGAUUCCUCAAUGCAAUUAUAAAGUCCAAUUCCUAGUAGGAGGCCCAGCUAAUAAAAAUGAGCCUUAUUCAGCCCAAUGCUCGCAGAAAAUGAAAGAACUAAGGGCCAAAUACCCUCACAAUUUCUUUGCAGACCCUGAUAAUUUCUUUUUUGAAGGGCCACUUGUAAAUCUUGGUAGCGAUUUUGGGCUUAUGCCCAGCAUGUUUGAGCCAGGCGGGAUUGUGCAGCACGAGUUCUUUGUAGCAGGAACCCCUGUUAUUGCUUUUAAAACAGGCGGACUUAAAGAUACAGUUUUUGAGUUUAACGUUGUUUCUAAGACUGGAUCUGGCUUUAUUUUUGAAAGCUAUAACUUAGGAGACUUUAUUUACGCCAUACAAAGAGCGUUAAAUAGCUAUUAUAAUAAUGAGUUAUAUAGCGCCCUGAGGAUAAAGGCUUUUGAAGCUGUUGUAGAUGGAGAAAAAGUAAGCAGGGCUUGGAAUAAAGAAUUUUAUAGGCUGAAGCAAAAAAUAUAUUUUGAAAUAAAUGUGAGGAGAGAGGUGCCAAAUCAGCUGAAAAAUGUUAAUUGGAGCAAUAAUGAUUAUAAUCCUGCUAUACCAGAAAAUCAAGUAAAAAAAAGGUCACUUAAAAGAUCGCCGUCAGGAAUUCUGCUAGAGCAGGCAGCUUCUAUGAAAAGACCACAGCCAGAAAGUGAAGACGCCAAAAGACAUAUUUUAUUCAGAUACCAAACACCUCUGAGGGUCAAGACAGUACAGCUGACAGGAUCAUUUGAUAGGUGGCAAAUUAGACAUCCAAUGCUUUAUGAUCACGCCAAAGGGUUCUGGCAUAUUACUCUGCAAAUUCCAAAAGGAAGCUACUUCUAUAAGUUUGUGGUUGAUGGGAAUAUUUGGGUGCAUUCAUUUGAUCAUCCGGCAAUUAAAGAUGAGCAAGGAAAUAUUAACAAUCUUUUAGAAGUUUCUUAAUUUUCUUAUGAGAAUUAAAUAAUUUUUAAAUUAUUAUUAAAUUUCUUAUUAAAUUUCUAUAAAAAAUUAGCUUUUGAGUUAG